UUGCGGUGUGGGAUAUGCUUUGAUUACUUCAGCAUCGCGAUGAUCAUUCCGCAGUGUUCGCAUAACUAUUGUUCCCUUUGUAUACGCAAGUUUUUGUCCUACAAAACUCAGUGUCCAACAUGCUGUGUGGCAGUCUCGGAAUCUGACCUGAAAAAUAACCGGACAUUAGAUGAACUAGUAAAGAGCUUUAAUUCUGCAAGACAACAGCUGUUCCAGCUGGUCUUGGAUACUCCACUGAUUUCAUCUCCAUUGGCCUGUAGUAGGCAUUCAGCUGGCAAAAGCCACGUUAGGAGUCCUGUUUCUUGGCCAGUUUUAAAAGAAGAGGUGCCAGUGAUUGACAGUUUCUUGAGAAAGGAAAAAGUCUGCACCUUGACAAAGGAGGCAGAUGGCCUGGCAGGAACACAUCAGAAGAUUUUCAAAACUGAGGAACGCCAUAACCUUUACAGCAGUUCUGCAGAGGUUGAUGGUAAAGACAAUGAAGUGGGAUCACGAGAGAGUCCUGAGUGCACCAAAAGUCAUGAAAAGUCUUCUGCAUCUGUGGUAAAAGUAGUCAAGAAAGUGGAUUGUCCUGUUUGUGAGGUUGCUAUUCCAGAGCAAUAUAUAAACAAACAUCUGGAUAGCUGCUUGACAAGAGAAGAGAAGAAGGACAGCCUUAGAAGUUCUGCUCACAAAAGGAAGCCUAUGUCUAAAGUUGUUUACAACUUGCUCUCUGAUCGUGAUUUGAAGAAGAAACUAAAGGAACAUGGUCUGUCUACCCACGGGACCCGACAACAGCUCAUUAAAAGACACCAAGAAUUUGUGCACAUGUAUAAUGCUCAAUGUGAUUCUCUAAAUCCCAAAUCAGUUGCAGAGGUUGUUAAAGAGCUGGAAAAGAACGAGAAGAUUCGGGUUCAGCUUGAAUUUAAUAAAACCGGUGAAAAUAGCUUGACCUUCACAAAGGACCAGACAGAGGAAGAAAUAGAUGAGAUCCACACUGAUUAUCGAAACAAACACAGAAGUGAAUUUCAAUUUUUGGUGGAUCAAGUAAAUAACCGGUGGAAGAAAAGUGGUAAGAGGAAAACAGAAAGUGCUCAAAACAAAGAAGAAGUCACUGUCAAAGAAUCACCAGCGGCCACAGAACAUAGGGAAGAGCAUCACACAGCUAUCGUCCUUGGAAAAGCCCAGAUAAUCAAAACAGAAACUCCUGAUGGCAGAAGAAGUGAAUCUCACUCCUUGGAGGAAGGCCAGAGAUCCAUCUCUCCUGCAUUUUCACUGUCAUCUGGAUCAACAAGCAGCUCCAGUUCAGACAUUUUGAGAGAUCCUCAAGGGUCUGAGACAUGUUCAGCGUCCUCUGACAACAGUUUUCUGCGCCUGAGAGUUAACAAAAGAAAGUCGCGUCGGCCCCGAAUGCCAGAAAAUGAUCAACUGCGUCCCAAGAGUAAGCGGAAGAAGAGCUAGCACUGCAGCGAUGCGAAGCUUGAAACCGUGCAGAAGGCUUAACGCUGAGAAAUACUUCUUAGUUUUUUCCAGUUUUCAGUGUAUCUGGGUGCUUAAUAAAAUGCUGAGUUUUCGCGUA